GGCGGUCCUUGAUUGGAGAGUUUAGAAGUCAUUCACAGAGCCCUACCAACCACAUCACAGAGACAUCACUCGGGUAGCAGUGAAAGCAAUGGCGUCGCAUUUCAGCGGUGUGCUUCAGCUCACGGAUCUGGAUGAUUUUAUCACUCCGUCUCAGGAAUGUGUGAAGCCUGUAAAGGUGGAAAAGAAACAGGGCAGAUCUGUGGCUAAAAUCCAGAUAGAAGAUGAUGGCAGUUAUUUUCAGGUCCAUCAGGAUGGUCAAAAGCAAAAGCUGGAGAAAGCGAAGAUUACUUUGAACGACUGUCUUGCUUGCAGUGGCUGCAUCACUUCUGCGGAAAGUGUCCUUAUCACCCAACAGAGUCAUGAGGAACUGUACCGUGUGCUACGUCAUAAUAAGCAGGUUAGCAGUAGCGAGCAGAAGGUGGUGGUGGUGUCUGUGUCGCCUCAGUCAAGAGCCUCUCUAGCAGCACGUUACGGUCUCAACAGCAGUGAAGUGGCCCGCAGACUAACCAGCUUCCUGAAAAAUUUAGGUGUCCAUCACGUGUUUGACACCAGCUUCAGUCGCUCUUUCAGCCUGUUAGAAAGCCAGAGGGAGUUUCUGGAGCGAUUCAGUCGCAAGGAAGUGGACAAGAAGGCCCUACCAAUGCUGGCGUCUGCCUGUCCAGGGUGGAUUUGCUAUGCUGAGAAGACUCAUGGUGAAUUCAUCAUCCCGUACAUCAGCACAACGCGAUCGCCCCAGCAGAUAAUGGGUUCUCUAGUCAAGGGCUAUUUUGCCUCUCAGAAGGGUAUUUCACCACAGAAGAUCUAUCAUGUGACCGUGAUGCCCUGCUAUGAUAAGAAACUAGAGGCUUCCAGACCAGACUUCUACCUCAGUGAGCACGAGACCAGAGAGGUGGACUGUGUUAUCACUUCAGGAGAAGUUCUGAAGAUGUUGGAAGAGGAGAAUGUGUCCUUGAGAGAUGUGGAGUUGGCCCCUUUAGACAACAUGUUCAGUAACGUCUGUGGGGAGGAGCUGCUGACUCACGCAGGAAGUGGAUCUGGUGGAUACCUUCAUCACAUCUACAAACAUGCUGCCAAACAGCUGUUUGGGGUUGAAGUAGAUGAACUCACAUACAAGACAAUGAAAAACAAGGACUUCCAGGAAGUCACUCUAGAGAAGGAUGGUCAAGUUCUGCUGCGGUUUGCUGCCGUCUAUGGCUUCAGGAACAUUCAGAACCUGGUACAGAAGCUGAAACGAGGAAAAUCACCUUACCACUUUGUAGAAGUAAUGGCAUGUCCGUCAGGAUGUCUUAACGGCGGCGGUCAGCUCAAGCCUUCAUCGGAUCAAUCCAACAAAGAGUUGCUGCAGCAGGUGGAGGAGCUUUACCGCGGUGAACGUACCUCAGUGCCAGAGGAGGACUCGCGAGUGGCUGAACUCUAUCAGGGCUGGUUAGAGAGCGUGGGAGAGGAGAAAGCCCGACAGUUACUGCACACGCAGUACCACGCCGUAGAAAAAAACACCAGUGGCCUCAGUAUAAAGUGGUGAGGAGCUGCUAAGACUCUGAUGAACCAAAUAUAUUGUUAUAUUUCUUCCUUUAUGUGUGUGUUAAGUGAAUAUUUAAAGUACAUUUGAAACUACAUCAGAUAAACAGACAUCUGCUGAAGAACGUUGACUUCAGAUUACAUAUCAAACUGACCUUUAUAUACUUUAUAGCCAUGAGCCUUUUUUCUGUUCAUGAAUGUUGCCUUGGAUUAUUUUGGUAAGACUUUACAAUAAGGUUCAUUAGUCAACAUUAGUUAACUACAUUAGAUAACAUGAACUGCACUUCUGCAGAAUUUAUUAAUCUUUGUUAAUGUUUCAACAUUUACUAAUACUUAAUUAAUAUCAAGAGUUCACUGUGAACUAAAAUUAAACAAUAUUAACAAAUGUAUUCCUCAUGGUUAGUUCAUGUUAAUACAUUAAUUAAUGAACCUUAUUGUAAAUUAAUGAACCUUAUUGAAAUAUUGUUCCCAAUAUUUCUUUCAUUUUAUUAUUUCAUUUAUAGUUUGUUUCUUUGAAAAUGUUUCUGUAAAUUCAUUGUUACUAUGUAGUCUGCACUGAAAACAAUACUUUGUCGUUUUUGAGAAUACAUUUUGAUUUGUGAUAAUAAAAAUAUGAUCACAUGUUGCCAUGUAUAUAAUCGUUCCAUUAAUGUAAUUAUAUUUAUUGAGGAAAUAAACUAUUCAUAUAUUUUACUCAAUAAA